AUGGAAUAUAAAGGAGCUAAAGCAGAUACACAUUUAGGUUCCAUAAUUACUGCUCAAACCUUAGGUUAUACAGUUACCAAAUUAGUUGGUGGGAUUCUUAUGGAUCACGUGAAUCCACUACAAAUUUUUAUUUACUCACUUAUUUCAGCCUCAGGUUCACUUUUUCUUCUAUCAGUUUCAUCACAUCAAACAGUUUGGUUGGUAUUCUAUGGAUUAACUGGAUUAUCACUUGGUUCUAGUUGGCCAGCCAUAUCAAAAACACUACGUAUUUCUGUGGCUCCUCAAGAAUUAGCCACUUGGUGGGGAUUACUAUCAGCGUCUUCUAACCUAGCUGGUUGUAUGGGUUCUUGGAUAUCGAUUUUUAUUGCUUCAUGUUCAACAGUAUUCCUUGGUGAUUUAGCUUGGAGAGCCCCGUUCAUUUUUGUUGCUGUAUGUUGUAUAAUAUCAGCAUUACUUCUCACUGUUUAUCUACGUUUACAAACGAUUAACAGACAAGAUAAAAUCAAUUCCAAAACUACACCAAAUUCUUCUGAAUUCACAAUUUCUAACCAAUCAUUGCAGAAGAAUCUUAACUCAGAUAUAAAACAUAGAGGUUAUAAUGAUACUUGUCAAAGUCUAAUGUCUACUUCAAAAUUGGAUCAACACGAUUAUACUACAUGUAAUCAAGCUGGGUAUUGUAAUGAAAAAACUAACCAACUAUCUAACAACUGUCAAGACAACGAAUUCACUGAAAACAACGAUAAGAAUGAAACAAUUAAACCUGUUAAAGUGAAUAUUAUUCAUCAAAUAUCAAAAUUAUUUCAUAUUUUAAGUCCAAAACAACGUUUAUUAUUGGGUAGCUCUGCUAGUCUUCACAUGUGCAGUACAUUUUUACGUUAUGCAAUAGGUGAUUGGAUUGGAAUUAUGCUUUUAAAUAAUAAAUAUGGUUAUUCACAAAAUACCGCAUAUUUAGUUGCUAGCAGUUAUGAAUUCGGUGGAAUAAUUGGAUCUAUGUUAAUUGGAAUAGUAGCUGAUUUGAAUAUGUUUUCUAGAAUUUCUUCAUGGCCAAGUCAUCGAAUUCCAUUAAUAAUUAUACAAAUGUUAAUUGCUAGUAGUACAUUAAUUUUUCUUAGUUGGAUUAUAAAUCAUAAUGCCUCAUUGCUUAUACUGCUCACUAUCAGUUUGAUACUUGGUAUAACUGUUAUCGGAACAAUUGCUUUAUGUGGUGUUCUAGCUGUUGAACUUGCUCCACCUGCUUUCAGUGGUACGGCACAUGCAUUAAGUGCUUUGAGUGCAAAUGUUGGUGCUAUCUUGGCUGGUUAUCCAUUUGCUUUGUUGGCUGAACAUAUCAAUUGGCCUGGUGCAUUUCUUGUCGCUGGGAUAGUAUCCGGACUUUCUGUUAUUCCAGUUUCAUUUUUUUAAGAUUUACAACCCAUAUAUUUUACUGAUGUAAAUUAUCCUAUAAAAAUUUAUCUUCUUACUUCAAAUGAUGUAUACUUAUUUUAUUUCUUUAAAUUUAUUUAGAUAACUUAUCGAAAAUCAGAUGACUCUGAACUUACACAGUUAUAUGAUUCCUUAUUUUUACACUAGCAUUUCACUCAUUUGCAAAAUUAUACUAUAAUUUUGAAUCAUACUUUUUACUGACGGUAGCGUUUACACGCAACUUUACUUAGAUUCAAACAGAUAGUGGGUUAUUUAAUACGCUAAUUCUUAUAAUUUUAUUUACCACUGAGUGUCUCAUAACUCAGGUAUUUCCUACCUCUAUUAUCAUAUCUCACC